GCAAUAAUUGCGCACCAGUGAUCAAAAACCAUUCUGAUCGCCUCUUGGGGAGAACUACAAGCAUCCCUGCUGGCUCUGGUCACCAAGACAGUCUCUGCAGCCACCAACCACCACAAGGCCUGGACUGAAUAAAGUUACAAGAACCGUGCGCCAUUUCAAACUCUCUCCCAUUGAGACCCAGGACUGGAGAGGGCGCUGCAACAUUUACAUGAGAGGAGAAGAUGACCUUUCGCCCCCUAGAGGCUGAAAGGGUCACCAAAGGUUGCCUUCCAAGACUAAUGCUGUAGGAUUCCUCCCCAAACUAAUUUCCGCUGGUGUGAUUGUUGAUUCUGCACCCUUCAGUUGAUCCAGCUGCUUAGCCAAACCAAAGCAGGGGGAAACCCUCCACAGCCAGAAGAGGACAAAUGCUUAUUCACGGGGUCAAGAAAGCUCAUUCUCCUCCUCAUGCAUUGUGUGCAGCUGCUCCAUAGCAACCCAGCUUUGAUGUGAAACCACACAAACUAAGCCAAGCCAAGCUCACAGUCAUUCGCAUGCACCCAGUCUCUGGAUUUAGGUUCACUCCAGCUUCUCUGUCCACGUUUCAGCAGAGCAGGUUCUGAGGACCGAGCUGUAGCUCUUCGCUGUGGCAGGGGGACUGUGGCUUGCCCAGAGCUAGAGCGUGUAUCUUCACCAUGCGAGAAAAGAGGCUCACCACUGUGCCUCCCUGUAUUAGAGACAAUGAGUUUGAAGAUUACUUAGCAACUGAUGAUAUACUUGUAGACUUCUUUAAUGAAUUCUUGAGUCUCCCGACCUUUGCAGAGCCAAUUAAAUUUAAUCCUGAUUUUGGAAUUUUUGAAGUCGUUAAUGAUACCCCACAACGGAUGGAAAAUCAGCUGAAAAAGAUGCUUCAUCAACAGAAACCUCGGAAUCCCAUUUAUGAUGUUAUGAGACCCUCAAAGCCAAAGGUUCCUGUUUCUAAAGAACUAGAUUCUAAAGAUUCUUCUCCUCUUCCCCAGGUCUUAAGUUUUGACCCAAAUUAUACAACUGUGAGUCUGGACCGAGAACAAGCCAUUCGCUGGAUUAAGAGGGAAAGAUUUCCUUCAUUUUUAGAGAGCGAUUGUUACUUUGAAUACAGGUUAGCAAAACUUAUAUCUCAGGUGGAAUGGAGCAAAACUGGCAUCAAUUUUGUUGUAGAUAAAGCUUAUUAUCCUUGGUUUACAAAGAGCCCACCACCACCAGAAAAACCUGAAGAAAAUGAAGAUGACUUAAUUAUGAAAAGGUUCUACGUCUCUCUUGGCCAGGCUACGGUCACCCAGACACAAGAUUGGUUCACUCUAGCCAAAAUAAGUCAGAAUAUGAUCACUACAGAUUCCAUGACUCGUCCUGUGGCAUCUUCCCAUGUUCAUUUUUCUAUUGGCUCUUCACCUUCUUCUUCCUAUAUAGAUUUCAUGUCUCCUUAUGUGGUGCAUCGUCUUUCUACUACCCUUCUCAAUGAAGCUUUUUUCAGCAAUCAAUUUGCACGGGAUCCCAAGGGUAAGAGGCAAAGCAAAACUAAUAUUCUUCAGGGGACAACAGCCAGAAGAAGCAUAGAUGAGGGCAAUUGCGUGUUGCUUCCUGAUACUCCUUCACAUACACAGUUAAGAGCUUACUUGGGGCAGAACUGGGAUGCUGCUCCUCAGGAGGGAGAAAAUGCCGACCUUGACAGAUAUGAAGAACUUGCAUCUUUCCAGACAGUAGAUGAGUUUUCGUUAGCCUACACUCAAUAUAUAUUGAGAAAUGCUGUCACAGUUCUCACUGGGCAGCCGCCUGAAGCCAGCCCAAAGGACGUCAACUUUGGUAGAGUGACAAGAGUGUUUAUAUAUGAGAUAGCAAACAGUCAACCUUAUAUGGAGCCACCCCUGCAAAAAUCUCCGCCCCUUGAAGAUAAUAUAACAGAUAAGAUUAGUGAAGUGAGCAUCAGUCUGAAGUCUGAAAAAGAGAGCUCUGAAAGCAGGGCUGCCUGGUGCAUGAAUCACAAGACCUAUGAUAUUGGCAGUAGAAAUGAAUUCGAAAGGUUCAAGAGGUUCAUCAAAGGCACUUUGGGAGAAAGGUACUGGUGGCUCUGGAUGGACAUCGAAAGACUAAAGGUGCUGAAAGAUCCCAAGAGGCAGAAAAGACAGCUUGAUAGAAUGAAGAAAAUCUACCUGGUGAGCAACGGAGAUUAUUUCCUCACCUCUGAGGUUUUGCUCAAACUGGAUCUAACUGAUGGAGGCCAGUGGAACAUUGAUAACUUAAAACGCAUUCAACCUGAAGUAGUGAAACCUUUGCUUCUAUAUUGGGGUCCCAGAUUUUGUGUCACUCAUACAGCUGCCACACAGGCUGCAAGUACGAAGCUAAAAAUGUGGCAUUCUCGGCAACAGAAGCCAAGGAUGGAUGUGGAUCCUUUCCCACAGAUGGUAUCUCUCUUGCCCCUGAGAGCUAAAUCUUGCAUGCCAAAAAUAACAUCUUCCUACCAUCAGAGAGGAGACAUCAGAUCACCAUCACCUCUAACAAAAGCAGCUAUGUUGGAUACAUAUUCCCUGAGGUCUCCCAGGCUAUUAUCAGCAGUCAUGCCACGGAGUCAAAGUGCUGUUAAGGAAGAUCCCGAUGCCUUAGUCACUUUAGCAGAUAUUAACAGACAGCGGCCAGCAACAGUAUGCAGCAGUGUGACUCGUAUUACAAUGUUUACUGACAAAAUGGAGUAUCUGAAGCCACAGCUAGAUAGAAGAUAUACCUAUGCAGAACUGAUCCAAGGUAAAACGUCUCCAGAUAUUUGUGAACUUGGGAGUUCUAAAAUGGAAAGGAUGCUGCAAUCUCUUGAUAAAGAGAACAGAGCAGGCUACAUUUUCACUGCAUUCUGUGAGAAGUCACGAAAUAAGCUGUGGAAGAACAGCACGUACUUUUGGUUUGACCUGCAGGAUUAUCAUCAACUGUUCUACCAAGAAACUCUUCAUCCUUUCAAACUAUGCAAGCAAGCUCAAUUUCUUUACGCCACUUACAUUGCACCUUCUGCCAGUAUGGACAUUGGGCUACAACAAAUUACAAAAAGUGAGAUUUAUCAGAAAACUGAGCCACCAUUUGAGGAUCUUUUUGACCCAGCAGAAGAAUAUAUACUCACCCUUCUCUUGGAUCCAUGGAUGAAAAUGGUGGAACAAGACAGAGAAACGUAUGGGCAGGUGGGGCUGAUGGAAGAAACUCGACAGCUGGACUCGGUGUACUUUAGAAAGCUGCAGGCUUUGCGUGAAGAAAGCAUUUCCAAGAAGGGUGAGGAUUUGGCUGUUGACGGCGAGGUCUCAAGGCGUCGUGAUUCAACUAAAGCUGCAGAGCACCCAAGUCAAGUCCUUGAAGAACUUACGUCAUACAACCUUAACGACUUAAUACGCAACAAACUAAAUUUGGAGGAGUUCCGAUUAUUUCUUGAACAAAACUCUGCAAGCAUGGACCUCUUGUGCUGGAUAGACAUUGAGCAGUUUAGGAGGAUGCUCCACAAAGAUAAAGAACAAAGAGAAGAAAAACUGAAGGAGAUUAAAAAUAAAUAUCUAAAUAAGAAAUACUUCUUUGGACCUGACAGCCCAGCGACAAAAGAGGAACAAGACCAGAUAAUGAAAUUAGCUGGAGGCUGGGGACAGAUCCUUCACGAACGAGUUCCUCCCCUGAUCCUCCUAGAGAUUCAAAAGUCUAUCCAGAUGAGACUAGAGAAAAAGUGGCUGCCACAAUUUAUGACCAGUGAAGAACCAAGUCUGCGGAAAAAAUCAAAGCCUUACCUACAAGAUGCAGCAGAAGAUAUCUUAAUCCAGAAGCAAGACAAGAAAAAAGAAUUAUGGAAGCACGUGGACAAUAAAUGGGUUUCUUCAUCUAGGGAAAUAAUUACUUUCCGCAAAGCCCUGUCGAAUCCAAUCACGGCCUUUCAGUUUCAACGUUAUGUGGCCCUGAAAGGAGAUUUACUGGAGAACGGAGUGCUCUUCUGGCAGGAAGUACAGAAAUAUAAGGACAUGUGCCACUCGCAUUGUGAUGAUGCCAUUAUCCAGAAUAAGAUCACAACCAUCAUCAACUGCUUCAUUAAUUCCUCCAUACCACCAGCCCUGCAGAUUGACAUACCUGAAGAGCAAGCCCAAAAGAUUAUUGAGAACAGGAGAGAGCUAGGCCCUUAUGUGUUUAGAGAGGCACAGAUGACUAUUUUUGCUCUUCUGUUUAAAUUUUGGCCAACAUUCUGCGAGUUUCGAGCCAACUUGGCUGAUGAGUCGAGGAUUUUGCCUGCUUUGGAGAAGCGAAAAGAAAAGAAGCCAGAGAUACAGAAAAGAGAAGAAGAUAAGCUCCAAAGGAAGAAAGCUACCACAUCUCCGAAGAGAACAGGUAGUCCAGAUAGUGAGAGUAAAGUGAGCAAAGGUGAACUUUCAUCUACACCAAGUUUUUCUGGAUUUGGCCGUCAGAUUUCCUGGACAUAUAACAAGUAUCUAGAAGCAAUCCAGCAGGAAAGAGUACUCUUGAAGAUUCAAGAAGAUCUAGAGAAAAAAUCAUUAGCAUCAUCAGUUUAUACAGGUACCACAAACAUUUUUUCACUGAGGAGCGAUCGCCCAGGGGGCUCCGGAAGAUCUGGUACUCCUACCCCUUUCCGCACAGCUUUUCUGAGACAACAACGUACUUUUCUACCCAAAGACAAUGAAAGAGCUUCAAAAUUUUAAGUAAGGAAUAUGGUGGCAAACUUGUGGAUUUGCAGAGACUUGGAGAGCAGUCUACAGUAGAAAUAAACUAAGGUGGACAAUUGACUUGCAUUAUUUUCCACAGAAUAUUGUGAGCCAUCUUCUAACACAACCAACAAUGGAAGAAAAACCUACCCCAAUCCUUUCAAUGGCCAUUGGGGUAUUGGCCUCAUUUAUUUGAAUUGUUCUUUUCUGUACAUGUGUCUACCCCGCCCCCCUGCUCUGGGAAGGAGAGGUUGAACAUCAAUGGCACACCAAUAUAUAACCUCCCAAGGAAAGUCCAACCUUGUUGUAGCAUGGAGCCAGAUUCAAGGGGCAAGGGAUUCAGAUGGACUGGUGUGGUGUGUGAAGUAUGGACUGGUGUGAUUGUGCUGCUGGGGCCUGAUGAUGGCUGGGAAUGGUGUUGGCAAAGGGGCACCAUUUUGAUCCGGCUAUCCAAGAUAAAGCGAGGCACUCCUUGCUUUCUGGCAUGUUGAAUUGGGACACAGAGCCAGCCUGUGAGCUGGGUCAUUGCUGAGUGGCAAAGCGUGCUGGCUUUGCAUGUUUAAAGCUCCAUAAGACUCUGCCACAUCUUCACUGAAGGAAGACCUUGGGUAGCAGGGCUGGGAAAGAGUUCUACAUGGAGAGAGCCACUGUGAGUCAAAAGCUCUAGGCUAUAUGGCCCUUGGGUCUAACUCCAUCCAUUUAUUCACCAAGGUAUUUGCAUAUGAUCAGUUUAUGGCGCUAUAAAUGCAUGUUUGCUUCUUAUUUGACGCAGCUGAAUGUUCUCUCAAAAUUCCCCCCCUUUUGUGGGGAUGUUGCAUUUUCUGCAUUUUUAAAAAUCAGAUAAUAUGACCCUUCAUGCAAAGAAUGUAUUCAUUGGUAGGGAUGUUAACCAACAUUUCGUGCAGUC